CUCGGACGUGGGGUUGGGGCUGACCUGGGAGCUGCAGAUGUGGGGCCUGUGGAAGCCGGAGAAGCGCCCAAGAUGCUACUGACCAAACCUCAUGGUCCCUUGACAUUGGCACCUGCCUGUUGAUACAUCACACUUGGGACAAAGGAACUUUCAACCCCUGGCGGCCAGUGCCAUGGGUCCAGGCUUCCUGGUAUACCACAUGGCAGUUUCCAGCAAAGGCCCUGCUUCUGCCCCAGGUGCUACUAGCAAGCUGGAUACAUAAUAAUCCAGGACAUCAAGAUGCCGACACACACACAUGGUCAGUCCAGUCCUUCUUUAGGAGAUGGAAAACUCAGAAAACCAAUGGUCAUCGAAAUUAUAGAAAAAAAAUUUGACUAUCUUAGAAAAGAAAAGACUUUAUAUAUAUAUGGAACAGUGACCUUUGGAACAACAUCUGGUUUCUCUGGAAUGUUGGCAAAUUUAAUUUUCAGACAUUGCUUCAAGGUUAAACAUGAUGGUUUGAAGACCUAUGCAUCACUGACUACGCUUCCAUUUUUGUCUACAGUAGUUGCUUAUAAGCUUCUUGUAACGGAUGCUUUGUAUUCAGGUAACAUAAGCCGGGAAAAUUGUGUUCUGAGAAGUUCACUGAUUGGCAUAGUGUGUGGUGUUUUAUAUCCCACUGCUUUGGCUUUUUCUAAAAAUGGACGUCUGGCAGUCAAGUAUCAUACUGUUCCACUGCCACCUAAAGGAAGGGUUUUACUCCAUUGGCUGCUGCUUUGUCACACAGAGAUAAAAGCAAUGGUGGUUCCUUUCGUCCUUCAGACAAUCUUUGGAGUAUUGCAUGGUCUGCAGCAUUAUGCAAUAUUUGAAAGUACACUUGAGAAAACUGUACAUUAAGAUUAACCAAUAGGAGUUCCUCUUGUGGAUCAGCAGUAACAAACCCAACUAGUAUCCAUGAGGAUACGGGUUUCGACCCUUGGCCUCACUUAGUGGAUUAAGGAUCCAGCAUCACUGUGGCUGUGGUGUAGGCUGGCAGCUAUAGCUCUGAUUCGACCCCUAGCCUAGGAACUUCCUAAGAAUGAAUGGAUUCUCCAUCAGCAGACUGGACAUUUUUAUGCUGAGGACUCAGGCGUUGCUGAAAGAGUUAAAAGUAGUUCUGGACAGUUUCUGUUCCUUUUUUCUGGCAUUCAGCAGGUGUCCAAUAAAUAUUCAGUAGGUAAAUAAAAGUAAGUUUCAUCUUUUGUUCAUCAUUGUGUAUGGAAAUAGGUUUCAGGCCUCAAGAUCUGAUUUAUACAUUUAUAUAUUCCUUCAUCAACAAACAUUUAUUGAGUACCUGCCAUUGUGUUACCUGUAAUAAGAAAUGGCCUUUACCCAGAAGGAACUCACAGUGAGAAAUGUGAACACAGCAUGAGAGGGUUUGAGAGGUAUGUAUACAUGUCAUUCUGUGGAUACACUAAAGAUAUACCUGUUAACUACUUGUACAGAAGGGAAAGCCAUGGGGGAGAAAGGGACAUUUGUCUUUAAUUUUGAAGGGGAACUUGAAAGUUCACAAGAAAGCAAAAUAGAAAAAUAAUGUACCAUCCCAUUCCUCUAUACUCACUAGCUCUUAGCAUUAACAAAUUAUCUCCACUGUGCUGUUUAAAGACUAUUGAAUGCCUAUUUGCUAUGCAUUAAAAACAGGCACCAGGAGUACAAAGAUUCCAUCCCUACCCUACAGAAGCUUAAAAUCAAAAAAAAAAAAAGAUCACGGCAUGCUUUUUCAAGUCUGGUAGAG